CGCCCUCGCACACGUCGCCGCGCGCCCGACAUCUCCCCAACGCCGUCGCCGUCGCAGAUGUCCGCGGCGCUCGUCCGCAUCGCUCCCGUCGCGCGCGUCCGCGCGUCCGCCCUCCCGGAGGCGCGCGCCGCACGCAUCGCCGCCCGCGCGCGCGCAACCUCGCGCCGCUUCGAGAGCGCCUCUCCUCUGCGAACAUCCAGCGGGACCGCUCGGAGCCGAGGCGACGCGGCGCGGGUCCGCGUCGCGCACCCGGACGAGGGCUUCACCGACGGCAACCCUCUCGCCACCGCGGAGAACAUGGACCUCGAGAUGAAGCUCGGCCGCGCCGCCAUGGUGGGCUUCUUCUUCACCACCGUCGGCGACGUGGUGACCCGCGGCGCUGGACCGGUGGAGCAGCUCAGGGAUGAACAGACGUUCAUAAUGAAUCACAUCAACCCCGCGAUGAUCGCCAAGGACGCGCUCGAGGUGGCUGGAAUCUACGUGGAGAGCGUGUUCAUCGUGUGGCUCUGCCUCGCCGCCGCGUUCAUCCUCGCCGUGCAGCAGGGGCUCGCAUCCCCGGUGCGCACCUACAGCAGCAAGAAGAGCGCGAGACGCGCCGAGCUCGAGGCGAGCGGCGAGCGCCUGGGCGUCAUGCUCGCAUCCGUGAAAGACGCGCUCGACGUGCAGGUCAGAGAACAGAAGCCUUACGAGCUGUUCAACGGGCGGUUGGCCAUGCUGGGGUUCGCGUUCGCGCUCGUGGGCGAGGCGGUGACGAAGCGUGGGCCGUUGGAGCAGUUCAACCUCGAGACGGGGGUGCCCGUCAUCGACGAGGAGCUCUUUGGGGCUUUUUUCCUGUUGGGCGUCGUCUUCAACGUGGUGGCCACCGGGGCGAACGUGUGGAAGACGGCGUGGGCCAAGGGCAAGUCGGUCAAUAGAUGACGUCAUCGUCCGAGGCGCGUGUCGUAGCCGCCGCUUGUAUACUUAUCAACGCACGCUCGUCG